ACUACAAAAGCGACUUUUCAAUAUUAUCUAAUGAAAUAUACGAUCUUUGCUCACGACCGGGUUAUCAUUUAUACACAGUGUUUAUACAACCCACCAAUAUUUCUAACGAUUUCUAAAUUAUAGUUAUAUUUCAGCGUGUCAGAAUGUAAUUUAUUUCAUGAAUUAAACGAAAGCUUAUUUUUUUUCCUGAAUUACAGGGGAUCCGGAACUACCUGUAAUACGCCCCAGUUGUUACUCGGACCAUAUGUAGUGAUGGACCGAUGCUACACUCGCAUGAGUGAUGCAAUGUUUUUAAAUUAAUGUUGAUAAUUGUUUGUGUUCUAUUUUAUUUAAGAAGAAAACGGGUUUGGUAAAAAUAAUACAACAUUCAGAAGACCGUUUUGGAGUAACCAGUUGACGUAAUCUUGCGAGAGAUUCGCAUCAAUUGGGGCACCCCGAUGCUUCCUUUCCACAUCAACAGAUAUCACCAGGGCAUAAAGACCUGUGUUAUUAAACCUCUGGCUUGUCUGUUUACCUGCACUCGUACCAUGGCCAAGAGCAAGUUUGAAUAUGUGAGGAACUUUGAAGUCGAUGACACAUGUCUGAGAAACUGCUACAUAGUUGUGCGUCUGGAUGGGCGCAACUUCCACAAGUUUGCAGAGCAGCACAAGUUCACCAAGCCGAAUGACAACAGGGGUCUGGGACUGAUGGCCCGCAGUGCUCGUUCGGUCAUGGAGGAACUAGAUGAUAUUAUUAUUGCAUAUGGACAAAGUGAUGAGUUCAGUUUUGUUUUCAAGAGAACCUCUACCUGGUUCAAGAGGAGAUCCAGCAAGCUUAUGACCCACGUGGCCUCGCAGUUCUCAUCCUCUUAUGUAUUUUACUGGAAAGAUUUUUUUGGGGAGCAGCCCCUCCUCUACCCACCAGGAUUUGAUGGCCGCGUGGUGCUGUAUCCCAGCAACCGCAACCUUAAAGACUACCUCAGCUGGAGGCAAGCAGACUGUCACAUAAAUAAUUUGUACAACACAGUGUUUUGGACUUUAGUGCAGAAAAGUGGGCUGACCACAAUCCAGGCGGAGGAUCGCCUCAAAGGAACGUUAGCUGGCGACAAAAACGAGAUCUUGUUCUCAGAGUUUGACAUCAACUACAACAAUGAACCUGCCGUCCAUAGGAAAGGCACCACACUCAUCUGGGAAAAGCGAGACGAAACCGUGACCAAACAAAAGAGUUUAGCAAAUGAUGAGAAGAAGGAAGUGCUUGUGACUCGGAGCAGGAAGAGUGUGCAGUCCUACGUCUGUGACAUCAUAGGAGAACAGUUUUGGGAACAACACCCUGAUGUUCUGGAGGAUGAUGACUGCUAGCGCAAACUUCUAAUGAACUGAUAACUACAAUAAUGGACCCAUAUCAGCCAAUAAACACACAUUACCAAUAAUAAACCUAAAUAAAUGACUU